CGCCGCCGUCGCGCUGGCUCGCCGAGCAACAUCUCUAUACCCUCAACACCACCACUUGCGGCAUCAUACACACCCACCAGCCCACCAUGCAAGGCUUCAACAUGGGACGCUACGUCCCCCCAGACCUGGAAGGCCUCACAACGGGAAACAAACUCCACAACAAACACCCCCUCGGCUCACGCGCCCGCAACCUACAAUCCACCGGCGCCCUAACCGUGCGCUUCGAGAUGCCGUUCGCGAUCUGGUGCACGACAUGCCAACCGCACGAGACCAUCAUCGGGCAAGGAGUCCGCUUCAACGCCGAGAAAAAGAAAAUCGGGAAUUACUACAGCACACCGGUAUAUAGUUUCCGAAUGAAGCACGGGGCUUGUGGCGGGUGGAUCGAGAUACACACAGACCCGAAGAACACGGAGUAUGUGGUUAUUUCCGGUGCGCGGAGGAGGGAUUAUGGAGUUGAUGAGGAGGGGAGGAAGGUGGGGGAGAUCGUUACUGGGGUGGAUAGUAAGGGGAAGAUGGAUGCGUUGGAGAGGUUAGAGGGGAAGGUGGUGGAUAAGAAGCGUGGGGAUGAGGAACGGGAUCGGAUUUUGGAGUUGCAGGAGAGACAGAAGAGGGAUUGGGAGGAUCCAUAUGAGAAGAGUCGCAGGAUUAGGAAGGUUUUUCGGGCGGAGAGGAAGGGAUUGGAGAGGAAGGAGGAGGAGAGGGAGAAGUUGAAGGAUAAGUUGAGUUUGGGGAUUGAGGUGGUUGAUGAGAUUGAGAGUGAUCGGGUCAGGGCCGGGUUGGUGGAUUUUGGGGAGGGUGCGGUGGAUGGACGGAGGGCGAGGAUGAAGCCGUUGUUUGGGGAGGAAGAGGUGCGGGCUGCUUGGGGGAAGAAGGAGGGGAAGAGGAUGAAGGCUAAGGAGGUGCUGGAGGAUCGGAAGGCUGCUUUUCGGAGUGAGUUGAGGGGGAAUACGAGGGCUGCGGUGGAUCCGUUUUUGAGUGGUGAUUCCGAUGCGUGGAGGCCUGAGGUGAAGAGGAGGAAGGUUGUCUCUGGGAGUAAGUCCAGUGAUGGGAAGGAGAGUGCUGAGAAUGGCUCGGAGAUGGAGAAGAGCUCUGGGGAGGUGGAAGAGACACCCCGUCCGAGUCUUGCGUUGGUGAGCUAUGCGUCGGAUUCGGAGUGAGUGUAUCCUGUGGUUCUUGCAUCUCUACGAGGCGUUGCGUUGGUUUAAAACGGAUGAUACCCCGGGUUUGGAGUUAUGGCAUAACGGCAUGUCAACUUUUUACGAUUCACUUAUGUAUGCAAAUGAUAUCAUGCAAG